AUGGUUUCUAGUUAUCAUUUAUUUUAUUCAAGAAAAGAUGUGAUUAAGGGAUGGGCAAAUGAAGUUCAUGAAGUUAUAAAUUCAAAGCCAUCUUCGCUUGUUGGUGCAGCAUCAUCAUAUUUAACGUCAUUUUCUUCAAGUGGAUCUUCAUACAACAUGCCACAAUCUACUAGUAAUACCAAUCAAUACCAUGCUUUAGGAAUAUUAUAUUUGAUUUAUGACAUGAUAGAAUGGCAAUAUACGGCCAAAAUUUUAGAGGAGGAUCCUAAAGCUACUGCUGUUGGUGUAAGUGUAGAUGAUCCAGAAAUGUUUAGAUGGAUGACAAUGAUGAUAAGAGACAAAACAACAUUAUACUUAAAAUUAAUGGAAGAUGAAUUUGGUGCUGAAAAAAUGAUUCUACUUGUUGCACUUGAAAAACAAUUGGUACAAUAUGCUAUGCAAACUAUUAGAGUAUCAUCACCCAUCAUCUCAGGAAUUGUUAAUUCUUCAAUUAUUAGUACAAGUAGAGAUGCAACCACACCAAUUGAUCAACGGCAAGUUUAUGUACAACAAUUGGAAAGGAUAACUGAAAUAACAGCAUUUGGAUCCUUAUUCAAAAGUUCUAAAGCAAUCAGAAAAGUUGGGUUAGAUGAUAGACUUUUGGUUGAGGAGUUUGUUAUGCCAGCACCAACAUUAUCAUAUUAUCAACCCAGAUCAGUAUAUGUUGCAUUUAAGAAAGUAAAUCCUGAAGAAUAUCCUCUUGCAAAUUUUUCAAAUACAUUGAAAUUAUUAAAGAAUGUGAUCCAACAACCAGAGAAUCUCAAUAACAAGGAUUUGAAGGUGAAUAUUUGA